UCUGGCGUCGUAGGGAAAAGUAGGCAGCUAGCAUGUGCAGAGUGGCGGAGAAACUUCAUCCGCCGUGAAUAAACACACAACUACGGCCAAACUACAGCUUUAAACUACAGAAAAGUGGAGUAUCUCGUUGUUUAGGCUUUCUGGGAGAACAUGCCACGGAGGAAGCCGUUCAGUAACAAGCAGAAAAAGAAGCAGCUCCAGGUGAAGCGGGAGAGAAAGCGGGGUGAUCCAGGCUCGGGUCAGAGCAGCCGGAACGCGAGCGUGGAAAGAGGGGUGAGACGGGACAGACAGUCGGACACGUCAGACAGCGAGACCACAGACAUCAGGAGGAUCAACCAGCAGCCUGGCACCAGAGACGGACGAUAUGACCCCAACAGAUUCCGGCUCCACUUUGAGAAGGAGAGUAAGGACGAAGUGGAGAGGAGGAAGAGGAUGGCUCAGGAGAGAAUACUGCAGCCUGUUCCUGAGAGAGAACUAGAGAUGGACAUAAACCAAAUCUACCCUGAGGAGCAAGGGCUGGAUUUCCCUCGGAGACCCUCGUGGCAUUAUGGGAUGCAGAGAGAGGAGCUCCUGAGGAAGGAGGAGAGGUCGUUUCGGGAGUUUCUGGAGAAUCUUCACUCCAGGAACCCUCCUGAAACCCUGAGCCACUUCGAACACAAUCUAGAGACAUGGAGGCAGCUGUGGAGAGUGCUGGAGAUGUCCGACGUCAUUCUUCUCAUAGUAGAUAUCCGACACCCUGUGCUGCAGUUUCCUCCCGCUCUGUAUCACUACAUCACAGGUCCGCUGAAGAAGCAGGUAGUCCUGGUGCUGAAUAAGAUUGACCUGUGUCCCGCCUCACUAGUACUGGCAUGGAAGCACUACAUGACCGAGCACUUUCCUCACCUGCACUGUGUCUGCUUCACCUCCCACCCGGGACAGCCCUACAGCACCUUGCUGCAGAAAAAGAGGAUGAGGAGGAAGUGUGGGUGGAGCCAAGCGGGAGGACCAAUCCAUAUUAUGAGGGCGUGUCAAGAGAUCACAGCAGGAAAAGUUGAUCUGAGUAGCUGGGAGAGUAAGAUACAGAAGGAUGCAGUUGCCAUGGGAACAGGAGCGGACUGGCCUGACGACGGGGCAGAGAGCGUGCUGAUGGAGCACCACAGUGAUACUGCAUUAGAAAUGAGCAGCUUCUCACAGGAACUUUAUAAAGAUGGAGUUCUCACAUUAGGAUGCAUAGGUUUUCCUAACGUAGGAAAGUCUUCAGUGCUGAAUAGUCUGGUUGGGAGGAAGGUGGUGAGCGUCUCUCGGACUCCAGGACACACCAAGUAUUUCCAGACGUACUACCUCACCCCCACUGUUAAACUGUGCGACUGUCCCGGACUCGUCUUUCCCUCUCGAGUCAACAAACAACUCCAGAUCGUGGCUGGUAUUUACCCGGUGUCUCAGCUGCAGGAACCGUACAGCUCAGUGGGAUUUCUGUGUGAGCGAACUCCAUUCCUCUCAGUCCUGAAGCUCACGCACCCUGAGCACAGCCCCGGCUCACAAGAGCCUCACGACUGGACCGCCUGGGACGUGUGUGAAGCGUGGGCGGAGAGGAGAGGGUAUAAAACGGCGAAGGCGGCGCGGAACGAUGUGUAUCGAGCAGCUAACAGUCUGCUGCGACUCGCUAUAGACGGACGCCUCUGCAUGAGCCUGCGACCGCCGGGAUACACACAGAACAAAGAUCAGUGGGAAUCUCAUCCAGAGCUGCCGGAUAUCGUGGCUCUUCAGGGCCGAAGACCCGAGGAUGAGGAGAGCAGCGAGGAGAGCAGCUCGGAGCCGGAGGACGAGGACGACCGAGACGCAGACGACGACGAGGACGGAGACGGAGACGACGAAGACGAGAGCGUGAGAUCCGACAGAAAGAGCAAAGGAGGAUUCACUCUCAACAUGUUCGGGGUUCUGGGGGAGAACGAGUGCGAGUGAGGGAUCAGCACCCUUCUGUCUGCUGCUGUCAUCCCUCGUUCAUCUCCGUCAGCUACAUUCCGCCUCCUCUCAUCACCGCUCGUUUCACCAUUUCAGGAACCAGGAGCACGACUGUACUUUCCACUGGUGACAAACAUGGACCAACACACACACACACACACACACACACACUGUACAAUCAUCAAGUGCUACACCCGAACUCCAACCUGUUUCUUGCUGCAGUUUAAAGCAAGGCCCAAUCCCAUUUCACACCUUGGUACGUUAGGGGGGUAGGAAUUGGGCGUGUUAGCCUUUCAUACGGUGAGUUUUCAGAUGCACACUUCAAACCGAGGGGUUUUAUGAGAGUCACUGGUAAGAAACCCACAAAUUUAAGUAUUUUCCUUGUUAAAAGUGAUGAUUAGCACUUUUGUAUUACCAUAGUCUAAUGUGUGGUUUCAAUAUUUAAUGGCCAAAUUCUUCAUAACAAGCAUAAAAAAGCUCACAAGUAGUAAUUUUGUCUCAGUAGCUAGCUAACUAGUUUAUCUAACUUUCCCAUUCCACCUUAAAUGGUGCAAUACACAGCAGGGGCUGCAUUUAGGGCAUUACAGGAAAAAAAGCAAAUCGAAGCUGAUUUCUGAAUUCUUUCUAACAAGCAUAAAAAGGAUCACUAUUAGCUUGUCUUAGUAGCUGGCUAGCUUAUCUAAUAAUACUUUAUAGAGAAUUACUGGUAAGAAAACCCACAAAUUUCAGUAUUUUCCUUGUUAAAAGUGACAGUUAGCACUUUAUAUUAACUUACAUUUAAAGUGUAUUUCUAAUGUUUUAUGGCCGUAUUCUUCAUAACGAGCUUAAAAAAAGAUCGCUAGUAGUAGUUUGUAGUCUCAGUCGCUAGCUAACUAACUUUCCCAUUCCACCUUAAAUGGUGCAAAAGAUGGCAGGAGCUGCAGCAUUUAAGGUGGAACGGAAAAAUAAAAUACAAUAAAAUAAAAGCGAAUCAAAGUUCUGAAUUCUUCACAACAAGCAUAUAAUAAGCUUGUCUUAGUAGCUGGCUAGCUAAUUAACUUUCCCGUUCCACCUUAAAUGGUGCAACAGACAGGAGGGGAUGCAGCAUUUGAGGCGGAAUGGAAAAAUUAAAUAAAUAAAAUUAAAUAAAAGCUAAUCAAAGCAAAUUAAUUAGUACACUUAACAAUACUUGUUAUUAUGAGAAUCACUUGUCAGAAACCCACACAUAUAAUAAAGAUCGCUAGUAGUAAUCUGUCUCAAUAGCUAGCUAACUAGCUUAUCUAACGUUCCCGUUCCACCUUAAAUGGUGAAACAGACCCAGGGGCUGCAGCGUUUAAGGCGGAAUGGAAAAAUAAGCUAAAGCUAAUUUCAGCUCUCCUUCAAAAGAGGAAUUAAGAAAUGGAAAAUAAUAAUUAAUUUCUGCACCAAAUACCUCCCCCAACUUUCUGAAGACAUAUAAUAAAGUUAAAUAUAGUUAAUAUAGUUAUAGUUGGUUUCUUAAUUUUUAGAGGGAGUAUUUCACCCCUUCCCCUUCUACUAACUCUGUUCCAAUGGGAAAGAGGGGGUAGGGGUAAGUGGUGAAAUGUGAUUGGGCCCAAGUGUGCCUCUGUACCCUUAGAGCCAGAAACUCUCACGAGAUUUUAGUUUUAGUAUCAUUACUUAAAAAAAAAAAAGAAAAAGAAAAAAAAAUCAUUUCAUUUGAGUUUUUCUUUCUUUUUUUCACGAACAAGAAAUGCAAUCUCGAUCUUGUUUGAGAGGUUUGCGAAGGCAGAUUGAAUGUUAUUGCGGGGCGCGAGUGCACAGACAGUAUUAUUCAUUUGUUACAGAUGAGUACAAUCAUAGAUUGAUUAAGAAUCUGAGCUCGCUGCUUUAUUGCCAAAGGCCACCGUGCGGUCAAACAUGCAUUGAGACGAGAGAGAGAGAGAGGGUUGCGGCGCGAGAGCCUCACACCUGCAUGCAGCACUGGAGGCGCGAGAGUAAAUAAAAGCAAGCCGUGAUAUAAGAGAUGCUGUAGAUCAAAGCAGAGAAGCUACAGAAGUAGGAGAUGGAGAGGAGUGGAGAUCUGAAGAAAGUUUUUUUUUUUUUUU